UUGGUCUAGUAUCCAAUGUGCCAGUGCCAUAUAUACAAAAAAACAAGAUUUAAAAAAAAUGGUGAUGGACUUCAAGAUUAAAACUUUCAUUGCCACAGUGUUGAUCUUUCUGUUGGCAUCAAGGGUCAUGAUUUUGGAAGCUGAUGGUGCUGGAGAAUGUGGAAAGACUCCAAUUGGGUCAGCAGCUGCUAGUUUAAGUCCUUGUUUGGAUGCCACACGUAAUGUGAGGGCAAAAGUUUCAUCAGCUUGUUGUGGUAGAGUUGGUGCUUUGCUUACAACUUCACCAAAAUGUCUUUGUGCUGUUCUUUUGUCACCUCUUGCAAAACAAGCCAAGAUUAAUCCUGCUAUUGCUAUUACUGUUCCUAAGAGAUGCAAUAUUAGGAACAGACCAGCUGGAAAGAAAUGUGGAAAGUACACACUUCCUUGAAACCAAAACAGGGGAAUAAUAUAUGACAUAUGAAGCAGUAUUUAACACAUUAGAAAGCUAAAUAAAUUCUGUAAUAUGGCAUUUUCUACUGGGAGAGUGACAUGUGUCAGGCUGUACUAUUUUGUAUUCCUCAGUAUUUUUUUUAACUCAAUGUAUUUCUCAUAUAUUGUUGCAUGGUUUGGUGUAUUGCAUGAUAUUAAUAUUUUAUAAAAUAACAGUUACUAUUGGUUUGUCCAA